AUGCAAAAUGCUGUAGUUCAACGUAUUCCAGGAAACAGUGACAUGUGUGAUAUACCGGUGUCUUCACGCAGUCAGACUGAGGGAGUCGAAGGAACGCUACUAGCAGACGUCACUUCACCUCACGGAAAGAAUCAUCGAAUUGUCUUUUACCGUGAUAUCAACGUACUUGCAUUUAAACUAAUAGAAAAUAAAGGAAUAAUAGCUGAGACAAUAGAGAUUGUUGAAGACGUCACUGAAAUUAUAAGAACAUCACUCCAGGUUCGUCUGGCUUCAACUCCGACGUGCGCUACAACAGCUAAUAUGGACCCAGUUUGCAUAUCUUAUACUGAUGCCAUCGUCGUGGCAUUAAAAAGAAAAGAAAUACUGUUGGAAUUGAACGAGUCAAGGACUCCGGACUCAAAUCGACGUAAAUUGCGCGCUUGGACAGAAAUAAGGGAUGUGGUUUUGGUAAAAUGUAGGAAGCUGAUGACCAUCCUGCAGAUCAAACGAGUGUGGAGGAGUAAGAAAGCACAUGUCCGUGAUCUACUUUUGAAAGAACGAAGAUAUCGCCAAGCAACGGGUGGAGGAGUCGAUGUUGAUUUAGAGAGGACAAUUAUGAAAGCUUCUGAGAGUUUAACAGAAGCCGAACUUCAAUUAGCUAAUUGCCUCGGGCGAGAGGCAAUUACGUGCGGCAUAGGUCGCAUGGAGACCUACGUAGACAAGCAGGGAGAUGAUGAGCGGGUGCGAAAACCUGAUGAGCGGGUGGGAAGGCGGAUGAAGGGCGUGGUGGGAGGGAUUCGCCAGUGGACUUAG